UUAUUUGGCGCCAAAAACCAAGCAACUGUCAAAGUUGUUGUGUGAAAACUUGAAUGUGCUUUGUUUAAUUUGUUUUAACUGUUAUUUUAGAUUAAUUAGAGUAAAAACUGUACAAUGGAAGACGGUGACUUUGAUCAACGUUUGCGUGAUUUACAAAGGGAAUAUUUGGAGUUCCUAGACGAUGAGGAAGACCAAGGUAUUUACAUGGAGAAGGUGAAACAGAUGAUAGCAGAUAAAUCUCAGAGAUUACUUGUCAGCAUCAAUGAUCUGAGGCGAAAGAAUCCGGAAAGAGCACGAACCCUGCUUGAGAACGCGUUUGAAGAACAGAUAGCAUUUCAAAAAGCUCUCAAAGAGUAUGUUUCCUCAAUUGAUCCUACAUACGCGAAGGAGCAGGAGGAGUUCUUCGUCGCGUUUAAUGGAAGCUUCGGAAAUAAACAUGUUACUCCUCGUAGUUUGACCUCAAGGUAUUUAGGCAAUCUAAUAUGUGUGGAAGGCAUAGUGACCAGGGUGUCUCUCGUGAGACCAAAGGUUGUGCGCAGUGUCCACUACUGCCCGGCCACCAAGAAGGUUAUGGAGAGGAAGUAUACAGACCUGACCUCCUUUGAAGCCUUCCCUACUUCUGCUGUUUAUCCUACUAAGGAUGAUGAAGGAAAUCCCCUCGAAACAGAAUACGGUCUCUCCCGCUACAAAGACCACCAGACCCUCACAGUACAAGAGAUGCCUGAGCGGGCUCCAGCCGGCCAGCUGCCCAGGAGUGUGGACAUCAUAUGUGAUGAUGACCUGGUGGACAAGUGCAAGCCGGGAGACAGGGUGCAGAUUGUCGGCAACUACAGGUGUCUCCCUAAUAAGCAGGGUAGCUUCACUGCUGGUACUUUUAGAACAAUCCUCAUAGCGAACAACGUAACAGAAAUCAACAAGGACAUGAACAUGAACAUCACUCUAGAAGACGUGAAGCUCUGCAAGAGGCUCGCCAAGCGCGGCACGGCGGACAUGUUCGAUCUGCUGAGCAAGUCUCUAGCUCCGUCCAUACAUGGACACGAUUAUAUUAAGAAGGCUAUUCUGUGUCUGCUGCUGGGCGGCAUGGAGAAGGUGCUGCCUAAUGGCACGAGACUUAGAGGUGACAUCAACAUCCUACUGAUCGGCGACCCGUCGGUGGCGAAGUCGCAGCUGCUGCGCUACGUGCUGCAGACAGCGCCUCGCGCCAUCACCACCACCGGCCGUGGCUCCUCCGGCGUCGGGCUCACUGCUGCCGUCACCACUGACCCCGAGACUGGGGACCGCAGACUAGAAGCCGGCGCCAUGGUGUUAGCCGACCGCGGCGUAGUAUGCAUCGACGAGUUCGACAAGAUGUCGGACAUCGACCGCACGGCCAUCCACGAGGUGAUGGAGCAGGGCCGCGUCAGCAUCGCCAAGGCCGGCGUACACGCCACGCUCAACGCUCGCUGCUCCGUGCUGGCUGCUGCCAAUCCUGUGUAUGGACGGUAUGACCAGUACAAGACUCCUAUGGAGAACAUAGGUCUGCAGGACUCGCUGCUGUCGCGCUUCGACCUGUUGUUCGUGAUGCUGGACAUCGCCGACGCAGACCACGACAAUAUGAUCUCUGAACAUGUGCUCAGGAUGCAUCGGUAUAGGAACCCAAAAGAGCAAGAUGGUGAAGUAUUACCCAUGGGCUCCACUGUAGAGAUGUUAUCCACUGAGAACCCAGACAAUGAUGAAGCUGAGGAAACAAACGCGUCAAUCUACGAGAAAUACGACCCCCUCCUACACGGAAACACGCGCAGCAAGAAGGAGCAGUACCUCAACACGAAGUUCAUGCGCAAGUUCAUACACAUAGCUCGGCUCAUGAAGCCCAAGCUGACGCAGGAGGCGUCGGACGCCAUCGCCGACGAGUACGCCAGGCUCAGGAACCAGGAUAUGAUGGACAGCGAUGUCGCCAGGACACAACCAGUAACAGCGCGUACGCUGGAGACGCUGAUCCGCCUGUCUACAGCCCACGCGAAGUGUCGGCUGAGCUUCCAGGUGACGCACGACGACGCGCUAGCGGCCAUCGAGCUCGUGCAGUUCGCUUACUUUAAGAAGGUGUUAACAAAAGAAAAGCGUCGCAAACGUCGUGCGUCAUCUGACGGAGAAGAAGCCGAAGGCGAUCAGCCCGCCGCGCCACGUGCUAAGAAGUCAAGAAAAACGGGAGCUGAAGGCGAGGAUCCAUACGCGUUCUCGUCAGACGAAGAGGCGGAGCCGGUGCUGCGGGCUGCACACUCCUCACAACCUGAGCCUGCGCAACGGACCACUAGGUCUUCACAGAAAACUACUAUUGAAGCCAACAGGUUAACCCAAUUCAAGUCAGCUCUGCAGCAACUAUUCCGCGAGGAGCGAGCGAACUCUCUCCCCCUGUCCCGCGUGACGUCAUACGUCAACGACAAGUACUCACACGAGACGUUCUCUGACGGAGAAGUGAACGCCGCGCUGCAGCAGAUGACGCACGACAACCAGGUCAUGAUGGCUGAUGAUAUUGUCUUCUUGAUUUAAUUGGUUGAAAAUAUACUGCUUUUUGUACUAAGAUUGUGUCUAUAGUAAGCAGACUGUGUGUCAAAGUGGCUGCAAACUGCAGCUUCAUUUUUCAACGAGGAAGUUUAGCUGUGAGUCGGCCACUAACUAAGACUGUCGUAACGCUACAAACUGCACAUAGAGAGCCCAAACUAUCAAAUUGUGUAAACUCCAUUUCAAAUAUAUGGAAAGGCGUACUAAAUAACAGGAGUAAAAAAACAGUUUGCUUAAUGUAGACACAGCCUUAGUAUAGACGCCAGCAGCUACUGCAAUCGUGCAAAAUCUUCACAAAAAUGACGACUAUGUGCGCAUAAUGCGUGGUUUACGCAGUAAACCUGAGAUAAUAGAUCUGUUAAUCGCGAUACAGUUCAAGUGUCACCAAUUUUUUGUUUGUAAGAGUAACAAAUUGUUGCGUUGUACCCACCUGCAUACAAUUAUUGUCAUGAUUUCCUUAUCAGGAAAACUGAAGUUAGAAAAGUUAAUUACAGAACUAUUAGUACUAGUAUUUACUUGAAAAUAUGUAAUACCAUUUUCAAUUACUAUGAAAUGUAGACCAUUUUAAAACUAUGUAAACAUCACUGAUUGAUCAGCCGCCUAAAAUAAAUUUAAUAUUUUUGUAUUUUCUUAGCCAUUGUUCAUGUUAAUGUUAAGUUGUUUUAGACUAAGAUUUAAAUAUAAAGUGCCUUUUGUAAUUGAUAAAUCAAGUUAAACAAAGAUUGACAAUAAAACCAUUUGAUUGAUAAAA